GUCAUUGUAGAUCGAGAUUGUUUAGACAAUGCAAUUGAAAAUAAAUAUCCAAUACCUCAGCAUUUUUUGAGCCUUACUCUUCAUCCUCUUCUCAAACUAAUCAUACAACUUCUCCUCCAUGGAAGCUCCACCACCACCACCACCAUCUCUCCCCUGUCACGUGGUGGCCUUGCCCUACCAUGCUCGCGGCCACAUCAACCCCAUGAUGAACCAAUGCAAGCUGUUAGUCUCCAAAAACAACAACAUUCUUGUUACUUUGGUGGUCACCGAAGAAUGGCUUAGCUUCAUCGGCUCCGACGCGAAACCGGACAACAUCAAAAUCCGCUCAAUCCCCAACGUCAUCCCCUCUGAACUCACUCGUGGCUACGACCUCCCUGCCUUCAUGGAAGCUGUCAUGACCAAAAUGGAACACCCCUUCGAGGAGGUGCUGAACAACCUUGACCCUCCGCCUUCAAUCAUUGUGUCCGACACUUUCUUAUACUGGGUUAUCGGUGUCGGAAUCCGUAGGAAUAUUCCGGUGGCGUCGUUUUGGACCAUGUCAGCUUCUGCAUUUUCCAUGUUCCUUCACUAUCACCUUCUAGAAAAAAAUGGUCAUUACCUCGUCAACUUGUCAGAAAAUGGUGAGAAACUUAUGGAUUACAUUCCUGGAGUUUCACCAACCCGCGUUGCCGAUUUUCCUCUAAACGAUGACAGUUACCGUAGCAAGGGAGUAUUGAAACAGUGCCUCAAAGGUUUCUCAUGGGUUCACAAAGCACAAUAUCUUCUCUUUCCCUCCAUUUACGAGCUAGAGCCUGAAGCCAUUGAUGUCCUCAAAGCAAAGUUAUCCAUGCCCAUUUACACUAUUGGCCCCGCCACACCUCAUUUCACCCUUGAAAAAAGUCCAACAUCGAGCACCGAAGGGAACAAAGUGCAGAUGAAAAACGUAUGUAAAGAAAACAUUAUUGAAGGGAACAACACCCCUAGCCACAGCUACUUAGAGUGGCUUGAUGCACAACCUGCUGGUUCUGUUCUUUACAUCUCACAAGGAAGCUUUUACUCUGUUUCACGCGCUCAAAUUGAUGAGAUCGCGCUUGCUUUGCGCGAGAGCAAGGUUCGGUUUCUGUGGGUGGCGCGUGGUGAGGCUCAAAGGUUGAGUGAAAUUUGUGGAGACAUCAUUAACAAGGACACGGCGGGUUUGGUUUUGGAAUGGUGUGACCAGUGGAGAGUGUUGUGCCACGCUGCGGUUGGCGGGUUUUGGACACAUUGUGGGUGGAAUUCCACAAAGGAAGGUGUUCUUGCUGGUGUUCCGUUUCUGACUUUCCCAAUAUUCAUAGAUCAACCACUUGAUAGUAAUAGUAAGAUGAUUGUGGAGGAUUGGAAGGUUGGUUGGAGGGUGAAGGAGAGUGUGGAAGUGAAUGGUUUUGUGAAGAAAGAUGAAAUUGUGAGGUUGGUGAAGAGAUUUAUGGAUUUGGAUAGUGACUUUGCUGGGGAAAUUAGGGAGAGGGCAAAGAAACUUCAGUUUAUUUGUCAUCGUGCAAUUGAGAUUGGUGGGUUUGCUGACAGUGAUUUGAAUGCCUUUAUCAGCACAAUAAUGCAAGUGGCAUAACAAUAUGCUUCUCGAUCUCAAACUCAAUCAAAUUGUGGAUUUUUAAUUGUGUGUGUGGUUUGAAAGUAAAUAAGAAAUCCAGAUUCCACUACCUUCUUGUACCACGUUCAUUCAUUGCUGCUUUUUUAUAUUGGUUCCACUACAGAUGAUUGAUUCUGAACACUAAAUAAUAUUCAGAGGGCACUGGAUUAGCUUCGAAUUUAGAACUUUCUGUUGUACCCUUCUGUGUAACAUGAAAUUUUUUCAGUUAUGAACACUGUAAGCCAUAAUUAUUUGGAAGAUUAUUUGGUGUCCUGAAGUUAAGAAUCA